GCUGGCGGUGGCUUUGCAGCAGACAGAGGGAGAAGGCAGGCAGGCAGCAUCAUGGCGGACAGAGACAGUGGAAGCGAGCAGGGAGGAGCAGCAACGGGCCCAGGCUUCGGUCCCAUGCACCUAGCGACAGGAGGGGCGGGCUCGGCUUCCGGACUCCAGCAUGAGACGCAAGAGCUGGCGUCGAAGCGGGUUGACAUCCAAAACAAACGCUUCUAUUUGGACGUUAAGCAAAACGCGAAAGGCCGCUUCUUAAAGAUAGCAGAAGUCGGGGCCGGUGGAAACAAGAGCCGCCUCACUCUCUCCAUGUCCGUGGCGGUCGAGUUCCGUGACUACCUGGGGGACUUCAUCGAACAUUAUGCCCAGCUGGGUCCGAGCAAUCCGGGACUGGUACAAGACGAGCCCAGGCGAGCACUCAAAAGCGAGUUCUUGGUCCGAGAAAAUCGGAAAUACUAUAUGGAUCUGAAAGAGAACCAGAGGGGACGGUUUCUGAGGAUUCGACAGACCGUUAACCGGGGGCCCGGUUUGGGAUCCACGCAAGGCCAGACGAUUGCUCUGCCUGCCCAGGGACUUAUUGAGUUUCGUGACGCUUUGGCUAAACUUAUUGACGAUUACGGUGUAGAGGACGAACCUGCAGAGUUGCCCGAAGGGUCAUCAUUGACUGUGGACAACAAACGGUUUUUCUUCGACGUCGGAUCCAAUAAGUAUGGUGUGUUCAUGAGGGUAAGCGAGGUGAAGCCUACGUACCGCAAUUCAAUUACGGUGCCCUACAAAGUGUGGUCCAAAUUUGGGAAUACUUUCAGUAAAUAUGCCGAGGAGAUGAAGAAGAUCCAGGAGAAACAGCGGGAGAAAAGGGCAUGCGAGCUGCAGCAACAAGAGGAGAUGCAGGCAGACGAUGGAGACGAGGAUUGAUAUAGAGAGCAAAAAAGAUGCAAGAGUAAUGAAAAUAACAACAGAAAUAUAAUUAAAAACUCUACUGUAUAAAGAAAGAAAUCUAAAGAUUUAACUGUAAUGGUUUAACUCCAAGGGAGCAUCACCCACAAUAUAAGAAACCUCCACAACCUGACAGUUAUGACAUGUUGUCACUCAUCGCUGGAUGUUACCCCACUUAUCCACCAUUAAUACAGUAACAGGCUGCUAAACAAAGUAAUAACAUUAUAUUUGAACAUUGUUUCCUACUUGACAAACAAUAUUGAACUGAGUGUUUAUUUCCCUUAUUAACAGAAAACUUUUGUACCAGUUAAAGCUAUUGUAAAAAAAGAAAAAAAAAAGUGUUUGCAAUGUUCAAAUGGAAUUAUUGCCGAGUUCCGAGGAAAAAGCCUUUCCUUUUCAUGUGACCUAAUGACUUCAGCACAAAUCCGAUAUUUUAAUUUUUAAACCAAAAUUCAAAAACUUUGUAAAAGGUUGUCACAUGUACUUGCCAUCCUAUUUACCUUUACCUGUGAGUAGAGAUGUGUUUACACAUAAAUCAUUAUGAGGGCUAGGCCUGCUUCGGAAACUGGUUAGAUGUCAUGCAGUAUAAAAGGAACAUAUAGGCAUUUUCAUGAAAUGAAAUAAGUGCUCUAUUUGUUGUGCAAUAUGCAUUGCAUAAAAAUCAAAUAUAUUGAAAUGGCCAAUGGAUCUUGACAUGAUGACAUUUGCCAGAGGCAUUCAAAGAAAUAUUAAUAUUGUAAUUUUGUUUCAUUUGAAAUUGUUGCCAUGCAGAUGGAUAUAUUAUAGACUACCUUUGUGUCUCGUUGUUAAUGCAAUGUGUUCAUUUUAAAGGUACUAAAUGUGUAUUUGAUAGAGGAAAUGCAGUGAUAACAUGUAGCAAAUGGCCUGAAUUGCAGAUUACUAAACAAGACAACCACCCUACACAUACAGUGCUGAUUGGCUUAGUGGUCUGAAAAAAGAGGCGAAAUUCAGCAAAGCAUUAUUGGUUAUUACAUCGGAAACAUUUUGUGAUCUUGUUCAGUCAUAACAGUCCAAAUGGUGCCAAGGAGUGCUGUUGCUGCAUGUUAAUCUGCACUAAAAUAGAUUUCGUUGGUCUCCCAAAAUAUUGGCUCAAGGACCCUUCCAUAUGUAUCUUUAUCUGCCUAUAGUGUACGAAUCUCAAGUUUGAGUACCGAGCGAUUUCCAUCCAAAAGCUUGGUGUAGUUGUAGUGGAAGUUGUUUCAAAGCGUGAUUGUAAAAGGAGCGACCUUGUGAACUGUAAUCAAAAUAUCACCAUCACACUAUGAGGAGGGCUACUGAGGAGCACGCCUGGAUAAACCAUGGUGAAGAGGGUCCAGUUCACCUGUUGGUGAACCUCCAGUAGUGUGUCACUGGAUGUGCCCAUCCCUACAAGUUUAAGAUCUGAAGGUGUGAAGUUCAGUGGGGCUACUUUGAAUACAUACCCUUAGCUCCACUUUUAGAUUUGUAAGCCCAAAUAUCUACCCGGGGGUGAUGAGAUUCUGUUUUGGUCUAAUUGUAAAUAUUUGGGCUGCCACACGGAAAACAACUGGUUCUAAUCCAGUUCAGUCGCAUCUCAUAGAUGUGUGAUAGCAGUUUUAUAAACUCUGUCAGUAAACUCCAGAGAAACUGGCAACAAUCAGAUAAUGUCAGAUUUACCUCAGCAUUGAAUUAAAUGAUUGCUCCCAUGUUUAGAUUGACUGGAAACCAGCAAACUAGACUGUCCUUGACCACCUAUUUUUGGAGCCUCUGGUAUAGCCUAAACAAUACCUGAUUGGGAGCAUCCUCUUCAGCAUAUAAACAACCUGGUGCCUUACACACUCCGCAUGCUUACACGCUGGCCUGGUGCUUUGGAUCGCAGUUUGGCUUCUCUAUGUUAUUGUUUCCUCUUUCUUUCUUCAAUUUUUGUGUCUCAGCCCCCUUGUGUGCUAGUGCACGACUCGUGGUGCUAAAAGGGUUUGUUGCAAACUCUUAAAAAGAAAAAAUUUGGAGCAGAAUUCGUAACUUUUUUCUGCUACCUUCCUUCUUCCCUAACUUCAUUGCCAUCCCCGUUCCCCAGCCAUCCAGGUAUCGGCCUACAUGUAAACAUGGAAGGGGGUGGUCACCUAGAUGCAAGAUGAUGCAGAAGAGUUGGCUCUUCACUAGCCAAGCGCAUAAGCAGGGAGAGCAGGGGCUGAUUGGGAAUAUCGGUAGUAGCGUGGAAUGAUAUAAAUUAUUGGCAAGCCCCCUUUCAAAUGCUCGUUCUUUGGCUUGGGUAGUUAUGUGUAAGUCGCUCAAUUAAUGGGGAGCAGCAAGCAUGUCUUGUUUUGUUUUACGUAGUUUUACCUUUUCAGCGUUAUUCCACAUUAUUUGUAAUUUUGGAAUGUUUUCGCCCACAAAAAAUAUAUCUAUUUUUUCUGUGCAACAUUUCAUCACUGUGUGCAAUAUCGUAUGUGCCAAUGGUGGCAAUAUAUGUAUAUCAAUUAAAUAUAUGAUUACUAUUUGAAA